AUGAAGCCCGACAAGUUGGCCGAGCUUCACAAGUCCCGCGAUUCGGAACUCAACCUGGACGCCCUUCGAACACCAACGCCCGUGCACGACGAUCUGGAAAAGCGUUUGCUCCAAUGGAUCAAGGUGGCACGAGCGCGAUUCGAGACAACCAAGAUUGGGUUGAGCGGCAUCAUGAUCCAGACCCAGGCAACAAAGUUCGCGUCGGAGAUGGGCAAGAAGGACUUCACGGCAAGCAAGGGCUGGCUACAUCGCUUCCUCAAGCGCUACGGCUUCAAGCACAUCAACCUGCAUGGCGAAGCUGGCGACGUGGACAAGACGAAGUAUGAGGAGCAGAUCGCGAAGAUCCGGGAGCAGCUGGAGGGGUUCGACGUCGAGCUCAUCUUCAACAUGGACGAGACGGGGCUUUUCUUCCGCUGUUUCCCGAGAGGCACGUAUGUCACGAGGGCAGAGGAUGCUGCAGGGGUCAACAGGAAAACCGCACGAGGUUCGAAGGCCAUGAAGGCCAAGGACCGAUGCACAGUUGUCGCCUGCUGCAACACCACCGGGUCGCUCAAGGUGCCGCUGGCCGUUAUCAGCACGGCAAAAAACCCGAUGGUUUUCCGGCAUAUUCGCAGAUCACCAAUCCCCUACUACUCCCAGCAAAGUGCCUGGCUCGACUCAACACUCUGUCAGCGGUGGUUCGACGAGGUUUUCGUCCCCUUUGUGAAGAAGACCACUGGGAAGAAGGUGGUGCUCUUGUGGGACAACUGCCCAGGCCACAAGAUCAAGAACGACGACCCGCAGAUCAUCAUCAUCUUCCUGCCCCCGAACGUCACGUCCGUCUUUCAACCCAUGGACAUGGGGAUCCUGUUUGCCCUCAAGUGCCAGUACAAGACCGAGAUGGUGGCGAGACUGGCGGAUCUCAUCGACGUGUGGGACGCAGUGCGCGCGCGAAAAAUCAGAAGGGGCUGCCGGGGCCUGAACGAUGCGGGCCAGGCGACAAUGCUGGAUGUGACGGAGAUUCUGUCGGAGAAGUGGGAGAGCUUCUCGAGCCAGACUGUCAUCAGGUGCUGGCUCAAGGCCAACAUCCUUCCCAGGGAGCACGAAAACGCGCUCAAGGGCAAGGACACGCGGCUGGACCGAGAGGACAAGGAGGACACGGCCAUCAUCGACGACCUCUGCGAAAUGGUCUCCAAGAUGUCUAUGCCAGCCAGCGCCACGGACUCUAGAUCCACGGCGCGAGUGUUGACGGACAACUUGUUCGUCGAGAAAGCCUCAGGCCUCACGGACGCUGAAGUGCGUCAGGCAGUAAAGACGUGGCUUAGUGUAGAGGACGACCCAGAGGUGUUGGAGGAAGAAAUAGCAAUGGAACUGCAGGCUGUAGACGAGCAACUGGCCGGCGUAACCCUCGAUGACGAUGUACCCAGCGAAGAGGAAGACGACGACGGUAGGUCAGAGUCGUGCGUGACAACGUCGCUUACAGAGGCCGACGUCCGCUUUCGCCUCGAGGAGUGCCGCUCCUUUUUGAAUGCGAAAGGGAAGGACGGCGAGUACAGCGAAACGCUGUACCUUCUUUCGAGGACUGUGCAUUCGUUCACUCACGAAACUCAAGUCAACCGAAGAGCGAAGCAGGGGGGUGAGGUGCAGGCCACUCUUGGCGAUAUGUGGGGGCGAUAGUUUUUUUUUUCGGAGGGCAUACAGCGAUGGGCUCUUUUUUUUUAUUGCUUCAUCUUCACCGAUAAUUUAGCGUUGAUGUCCAUCUGAGUUUCGUGUGUAGGGUGUUUGUGUCUCUAUCGCUUAGGAUAUACUGAAGUAUCGUGUCAAAGUUGGAACCGCUGUGGUGAAGGAUGUGUCGGUGAGGUU